UGAAGAACAUGUGGUAAUAAUCCUCCAAAAUGGCUUCCAGCAUAUCAAGUUUUUUGAAUAAAAUUGCGUCGUUAGGCCUUGGCGUAGCAGUUGUCGGAGGGGUCGUUAAUACUGCGUUAUAUAAUGUUGAAGGCGGACAUAGGGCGGUGAUAUUUGAUCGUUUUCAAGGCGUUAAAGACGAAGUCACAGAUGAAGGGACACAUUUUCUAAUCCCUUGGGUACAAAGACCAAUCAUUUUUGAUAUUCGUAGUCGACCAAGAAACGUCCCUGUGACAACUGGUAGCAAAGAUUUACAAAAUGUGAAUAUUACGCUGAGGAUAUUAUUCCGACCAGAAGCGAAAAGAUUACCAGGAAUUUUUACAAGUCUUGGUGAAGAUUAUGAUGAGAGGGUGCUACCGUCCAUUACAACAGAGGUGUUGAAAGCCAUAGUGGCCCAGUUUGAUGCAAGUGAACUCAUCACCCAAAGAGAAGUUGUUUCAUACAAAGUGCGAGAAGCUUUGGUUGAACGUGGAAGAUCAUUCGGUUUGAUCUUAGAUGAUAUCUCAAUUACUCAUCUAACAUUUGGACAUGAAUUCACAGCAGCUGUCGAGGCAAAACAAGUUGCUCAACAGGAAGCUGAAAGAGCAAGAUUUCUGGUUGAAAAGGCUGAGCAACAAAAGCUUGCAGCCAUCGUUUCAGCCGAGGGUGAUGCCCGCGGUGCAUCGUUGAUUGCGCAGUCAUUCAAGGAGGCUGGUGAAGGUUUGAUUGAACUACGAAGAAUAGAAGCUGCAGAAGAAAUAGCAGAUAGGAUCAGCCAUGCACCAAAUGUUGCAUAUCUACCUGAUGGCAAUAACAUGUUAUUAAAUCUCCCUGCUCCAUAAAGAGAC